AAUUCUUUUGGUUUUGCUCGGAAGAGGGGGAUUGGAAUUUUCAGAAGUAAAUUUGUAUAUACAUGUCAAAAUUUAUCAAAUUGUAUGUUUCAAUAUGUGGUUUUUGUAUGCCUAUUAUACCUCAGCAAAACUAAAAAAAUAUUUAAUGCUUCAAGCUUUUUACAUUAUAGCAAGUUAGCUUUGCAGUGAGUCAUCUAAGUAUAUUUUAUUUACAUUGCAGAGCGGUAGUUGAAGUACACAGUGUGAGCCCACCAUUUCACUUAAUAAAAUUGUGCUCAGGCAGUAGAGAUAGCCACCUCUUAAUUAGUCAAUACCUGUUGGCGAAACCAAUGAAAAAAUGUGAAUGAUUUACAGGAUCUUCCAUUGAUGGUGAGAAGUAAAAAACACUACACGGUGGACUAGGAGAGGCGUUUGGAUGCUAUUACCGGGUUGGGCGGGCCGGGCUUGGGAGGGGUUUGGGGGUGAGCCCUGAGUCCCCCGCCCGCUGAGGAGAUGGAUGAGGAUGGGCUUCCUCUCAUGGGUUCAGGCAUAGACCUGACUAAGGUGCCAGCUAUUCAACAGAAAAGAACGGUGGCAUUUCUAAACCAGUUUGUGGUGCACACUGUACAGUUCCUCAACCGAUUUUCUACAGUUUGUGAGGAGAAACUAGACCUUUCUCUUCGUAUCCAGCAGAUUGAAACAACUCUCAAUAUUUUAGAUGCAAAGUUAUCAUCUAUCCCGGGCCUAGAUGAUGUCACAUUUGAAGUAUCUCCUGUAAAUGUCACUAGGAUCACAAAUGGAACACAUUCUGAAGCCACUUCAGGGCAAUCACAGAACAGUUUACAAGACUCUGGACCACAGGAAAGUGAAGUAACACCAGAAAAUAUCUUAACUGUAGCCAAGGAUCCAAGAUAUGCCCGAUAUCUCAAAAUGGUUCAAGUGGGUGUUCCAGUGAUGGCAAUAAGAAACAAAAUGAUAUCAGAAGGACUAGAUCCAGAUCUUCUUGAGAGGCCAGAUGCUCCAGUGCCUGAUGGUGAAGGUGAAAAAAACACAGAAGAAAGUUCAGAUAGCGAAUCUUCUUUUAGUGACUAAGCUUAAUUUUCAGAACAAUUACAUAUACAUGUGUUAGUGCACCUUUACAUUCUAUAAGAGAGCCUGAACUGUAAUUCUUAGUUAUAAAAACAUCAAGUGGCUACAGAUCUGCCACCACGCUUCCUCUGUGUUAAAAAAUAAAUAAAGCGUUUAUAAUAAGCUGGCAGUAUGUAUUGUUACCAAAAUAAAGGUCCCUGCUGAGAAAUAGAAUAGCCUAAAUAAAGUACCAAGAUGGAGUAUUUCAGAGAUGCAAGGAGCAUGUAGAAUGAAGUCAGUGUGAGGUUAGUGAUCAAAAAUAGACUCAAUGCAGGGGAAAAAAAAAAAAAAGUGAAUUUGGCAAAGUGAAUGAUUUAAUUUUUGUGAAUACUUUAGCAUGAAAAGUAUUAUGUACACUUGUAUCAUAAGAGUUGUUAAAUUUCUGGCAGUAAUACUGGAUUGAAAUUUUUUGUGAAAAAAAAAAAAAAAAAACAAAACAAAAAAAACACAGAACACUACACAGUUCAGGGAGAUGGUAGUGGUGGCUUUUCUGCAUCUUGGAGGGGGAAAAUCAAGAUUUACGGAGGGUCUUAGAAAAGCUUUGACUUCAAAAGGAUUAGAAUUUAAUGUUUUAUGGGAGAUUUAGUAUUUUUUGAAGUAGAUUUUGAAGUUUUGAUGAUACAACAUUUUGGCUUUACUAAAAAUUCUGAACCCGAACUUACUGUAUCAAAGUGAAAUUUCAUUUAGCUAAAAUGGUUAAGUGAUUUCAGAUUUAACCUCUUUGUCUGCCAAACUCAUAUUCUGUUUAGUUACUGCUUGCACCUCUUGAAAAAAGUCAUGGAAAAUACUACUGAUAUUUUUGUUGUUAUUUCAUGUUUUAGCUGUUUGUUCCUUAGUAUAUAAAUCAGAUUUAUGUGAAGGCUUUUCUUUCGUAAUUUAAGAGAACUUGGUAUCUGUCUGGCUAUAUCUGAAAUCUGUGGUUUGUAUUUGAUUUUUGGUAGAAAUCUGUAAUUUCCCAUUGUUGAGUAAUAUACUCUCAUAAUUAAUAUUCAUUAAUUCCAUCCGUCCAUUCCCCCACAUGGUAAACAAUUAUUAAAACUACUGUAUCUGUACUGUAUCCUGUUAGGGGCAGCAGAGAAUAAGGUGGUUAGGUAGCAUUACCAGCUCUGUGAACAUGAAUCUGAGCAAACUCCAGGAGAUACUGGAGGACAGAGAAGCCUGCUGUGCUGCCGUCCAUGAGGUCGCAGAGUUGCACAUGACUCUGCCGCUGAACAAUACUAUAUGCUAAUCAUGGCACGAAUAGUAUGAAUACCCAGACGAAUAUAUGCCCUUGAGGCUAUCAGCCUUUUGAGGGAGACUGACAUUUAAAUCUCAUGUUUUCGGUAUCUUGCUAAAACAGUUUUCAUUUUAUAGCUUUGUUAAUCUAGAACAGCGAUCUUAAAAUUUUUACUCAAAUGUUCCCUGAAACAGUUUUGAAAAACUGUGUGUUCCUUUGCACAUAUUUGAAUUGAUAAGUAUAAUUUUUCAGCAGAAUUUUUGUUUAAAUGAAAUACAGUCAACCCACUCCAGUAUUCUUGCCUGAUAGAAAGAGUCGGACACGACUAAGUGACUGACUUUUCACUUUCACAGUUUGUAUUAGUUUCAGGUGUGUGACAGUGAUUCGGUUGGGUUUCCCCUCAUAGGGUACUUACUGUAAGAUACUGAAUAAAGUCCCCUGUGCUAUACAGUAGGUCCUUGUUGUUUAUCUGUUUUAUAUAUGAUAGUGUGUAUCUGUUGACCCCAAACUCCUGUUACUCCCUGCCCACCUCCCUGCUACUCACUGUGUUCCCCUUUGGCAACCAUAAGUUUGUUUUCUAUGUCUGUCUAUUUCUGUUUUAACAAAAGUAUACAUAGUGACACGGGAUGAAAUUGCUGGCAUAUUUUAAUAUUUUAAAUAAAAUAUAGCACUCUUAAAUUUAUCUUAGGGAAUCUAAAUGCCAUUUUUUUAAAAUAUAAAAACAAACUUGAGUGGUUGGAAAUUUUAAUUAUUUUCCCUUUCAACUUGUAUGGUAGUUCUGUUACUCCUGCCAAAUUUUAUGCAAGUUUUACAUAUUUUAGUGUUCAGGAAUCUUCUGUUGAUCGUGUAUCAAACUCCUUUGUCAUGGCACUAUGUAUAUGCAAUAAGGGAUGUUUUCCCUAUGACCAUAAGACUUAAAUAUUUUCUGGUUUGAGUUAUAAUUAUUCUUACCACAUAGUUGCUUGGAAUAACAUAAAUACAUUAAAAUUUUGAUUAAAAUGCACUUUGUAUAUAAUAAUUAUACAACAGAAAUCCAUUUUUAAUGAAAUAAAUGGAGCUGUCUUUCUUAUAUCUGUGGUUCUUAUAUCUGGAGAUAAUAUUUAUUAAUAGAAUUAAAUAGGAUUUGACAUCGAUUUCUGGUCUUAUUUUGAGAUUUUGUAGUGCUGAAAAAUAAAAAUGUUGAUAUAAAUAUGUUCAUCCUAAUAGAAAUUUUGUGGUAGAAAACGUUCCAAGCUGUGUGCCAAAAAUCACAUAGUGACUUAUCAUCAAGCAUUUCUCAGUUGACAAUUCUAUUAAUAUUAGGUCCUCCUUCAGUUUUGUUGAAUGCAGAAGAAUGGGAAUCACCUAAUUAGCCAAAUAAUUUGUUACCUUGUCCUUAACCAUUUGUUUAGUUCUACGAUGUAUGUAAAAAAAGUUUUACCAAGACUCAGUAAAUAAGUGUUAUAUCAGUUUCCUCCUCUUCUCUGUUUAGGCACUUUUGUUAAUCAUAUAUUCAGAAGCAGUUGAAAAAUAAAAAUAUUAGUUUCAACA